GUAUAAAAUUAUCAAUGUAUUCUAUCAUUGUGUCCUUCAAGCUCUCUCUUGAUACUGAUUAAACACCGUCCUACCUACUCGUAACCAGUAUAAACAGAAAAUUUUCCUAAUAAAUAAGAGGAUCGUUUAUCUGAACUGACGGGGAAUUAAUUUACCAUACUUCCAUCGUAAUCUUUUCCAGCUUCCUAAAACUUAUACGCGGACCAGGAGUUGUUCAACUCCCGGCAAAAUUCAAUCUGGCUAAAUGACAACUGCGUUCCACACUUAAUCUCAGAACUGUUAACCAUUCGACCAUGUAUUUAUAACUCUCUCGGUCCAGAGGACCCGAUCCCUUGCUAUGUACUCCAGAGGCCGAACGAGCACAUGGCUGGGAGAUGUGUAGGAUUGUCGGCAAUUGUGGCCUUCGGCGCUCAGGAGACGAGCCCAUCGACGUGGGAUGCGACAUAUAUCUCAUCCAUUACCCCCUCCUUAGGUCGUCCAGAGUCGUUUUAAUAUUGAGGUGUUUUUGAGUAGACUUGGGAUCGACAGACAGCCUGCCGUGUUGCUUCGAAAAGGUUACCAGUACCAAAAUGCAGUUGACAAACCUCGUACUCCUUGCCGCCGCGGGCAUCGCGCCCAGCGUUAACGCAGCCGCGACUCUUCGUUUCUCGUGCUCGCAGCUUGUUGUCGAACGUCUAGACCCUCUUGUCAACCCUGGAGAGAACCCGUCCCCUCAUCUUCACCAGAUUGUCGGAGGAAAUGCCUUCAACGUCAGCAUGGACCCUAACGUACACGACUUGCCUUCGACGGCAACAUGCACUUCCUGCACGCCAACUGAGGACUUCUCUAACUACUGGACUGCCGUUCUCUUCUUCAAGGCGAAGAACGGAACGCUACACCGUGUCAACACCUUCGGAAACGAGCUCGGUUACACAGGUGCCAACGGCGGUCAGACCGUCUAUUAUCUCUCAUCGGGCAAGGUGACUGCUUUCAAGCCCGGUUUCCGCAUGACAGUCGGAGACCCGUCCAUCCGCACGGCUGAGGAACUUAACCGGAGAUACAAGUACAUGGACUUUACUUGCCUUGCCUCGUCCAUGACUCGAGGUGGUCAGACCACGUACUUCCCCAAGCAGCCAUGUGCGGCCGGUAUCAUGGUUAGCAUCCGCUUCCCAACCUGCUGGGAUGGCAAGAACCUGGACAGCCCCGACCACCAGAGCCACGUCGCCUACCCCAACGGCAACGCAUGCCCGUCAACCCACCCGGUCACGAUCCCCCAGGUCUUUUACGAAACUUACUGGGACACCCGACCCUUCAACAACAAGGCGGACUGGCCCGCCGACGGAUCUCAGCCUUUCGUCUGGUCCUUCGGUGACAAGACCGGCUACGGUAUCCACGGUGACUACGUCUUCGGCUGGAAGGGUGACGCUCUCCAACGUGCUAUGGAUACCAACUGCAACAGUGACCUGUUCGCCAACCAGAUCAACUGCCCUACCCUGCAGACCCAAUCCCUCGACCAGGCCAACAAGUGCACGAAGACAAAGACCGUCACCGAGAACCUCGACGGCUGGCUCCAGGAGCUUCCUGGUGGAAUGCCCAUCGUCUAAAGGAAUUUCUCUAAACUAGAGGGCUGUUACUUAAGGGACGUGAAGGUGCUUUGAGGGAGCCAGAGUUUUCAUCAGCUUUUUGCCCCCUUAACGCAAGACAGUUCUUCAAGCCUUA